AUGGCUCAGGCCAUGGACGCCCAUUCGAGCUUUGUUUACCUCGUCGACAAUCUGCCCAAAUGGCGAACCACCUUGGACUCUUUGGCUACGCAUACCGCCGAGAAGCAUGCCGAGUUUGUCGCAGAGUAUGCUCGUCUACUCAAACAAGCAAGACCCAAGCGCAAGAAGACUCCUUCGGUCAGCUCGAUCCAUUCUACCGAGGAGCAAGGUUCAAUCGAUGAUCAAGCCAGUGGUGAAGAGAACGUGGACAACUCGUCGUCGCAUGGUCCCAUAGAGAUAAAUCCCUUGGAAGCUGGGACUCGAUACCUGUUCGCACAGGCGCGACGAAAGAGGAAGCCGGGCACUUCGAUUCGUUCCGGCGCCUCCGGACCGCAGAAGUUUAGAAACAGGAAUCACGUCGUCGUUUACUAUGACAGCUACCUGCAGAAACAGUUGGAUGCUAUGGUGAAAGAAGUCGGACUUGGCCGGAACAACUUGAGAAAAGGCAAGAAUGCCCUGGCAGCAGCUACAGGAUUUCAGCUUCCUUCACUGGCUACACUGUCUGGGAAUGGCGGCCUGGGGUCUUCCGCGUUCGACGAUUUCAGACCUCCCAAUAUGUCUCGGAGCACUUCCGCCCUGCUGUCAGUCAAGAAAUCGGUUACUCUUUCACCCCAGCCGCCUUCCCAUCAGGCGAGCUUCAUUCAAGCUGACAAAGAGCUGGAGCAAAUCCAGUCUCUAUGUGAGACAGCAGCUCACCAGUUCCUUCGCGAUGGUGAUUGCAAGUCUGAGCUUGACACUAUCCGGGGGAGACUGGAUGCACUUCUUGUACAGGCCACCAGAGCUGCAGCGUCACUCAAAAAGCUCCAAGAGGAACAGGAAGCUGUCCACGCCGACUCGUCCGCCUCGGAGUCCAAUCACGAAACCGAAUCACGUGGCACGUUGUCAACUCAACCCUCGCUCGAUCUUCUACCACCACAGAAGAUUGCCGUUGCAAAGACCUUACAUCCGCCGGCAAUCAGUCAUCCACUUGACGGCCUCAAACCUCAGGGAUUCUUCAGCGCGCCAGCCGUUUCAACACUUGGCCAUGAACUCGCUAAUGACACGAUCGAGGUCGACGACUCUAGUGACCAAGAGUCCAUUGUCGUGGACCUCUCUCAGUAUCGUCUAACCAAUCCCCGAAGGAUACGUGCUUGA